AUGAAGCUUGUUUCCAUGGUGACGCAGUGACUCGGUAGCACAGUGAGCAGUGUGUAGCCUGGCUAGCAUUACUCCGGUAUAACUAGCGUUAGUUUGUACGCUCUCACCGUUAUAAUGACAAGGUAUCUUACUGUAGAUUGAAAAGGAGGUGAUGUGUAGAAUAGCCAUCUGUACGGCACCUCCAACAUGAUGACUUUCCAGGUUAAAGCAUCUGUAACGUUACCUACCGCAAAGGCUUUAAUAUCGGAGGGAGGCUCAAAUUACAGCCAGCGCGGCCUUGAUGCGACUGGAUAUCCGACAUACAGGAGCUUCAGGAUGGGAGCGGGUGGAGGAGACGCAGAUGUCAGGCAAAAUAUUAACCCAAGAAGAAAAUUCCCUGUCAUUCAACCCUUGAGCAAGUCGCAGGAUGGGAAAACCUUAUUGAGCGGCCUUAUAGUUGGAGGGUCACCUAAUUUAGCCAAAGAUGACAGACUGGAGGCAGAGAACAAUGGCUCAGAGAAGGACAUCUGUGGGAGGCAUUUUCUUUUUGAUGAGAAAUGUGGGAGGUUAGAGAGUACCAGAACUGUGAUUCCUCCACUGCCAAGAGACUUUCAUGUGCACAGACCAGGCAACCUGCAUCACUUCAGCCUCUCCAAGGAGUUUUCCCACAGCCAUGCGGGACGGCCUUUCACCCUGGGCUACCCUGAAAGAUACAAACUGAAUACAAGUCCAGCCAUCCUGUUUCCUUCCACUUUAGUCCUCAAUGGCAGGAACACCUUCUCAGUUGAGAGCUGCAAGCUCAGCAGGCCUAAGGUGAAUUAUCCAACCUACAAUCUACUGACUGCUAAAGACAAUCAAAAGAGCCAGUCCUACCCAGACCCGAUGGUGGGAGCCUCUCGUUCUUUUAUCCACAGGAUAUCUGAGCUGUCCUCUUUGGAGGGCGAGACAGUGAGGCAAGAAAAGCUCAAGAAACUUAGGAAAUCGAGAAAACCCCCAUCCUGACAAUCACCACUUUCCCAGUCGCACUGGUCAAGGAUCAAAACAUUAGAGUCUGUGCCAAGGACGUCUGAAGAGAAUAAAACAUCUUGGGCACCAUGUUCGUUUAAGUGGCUCGUUGUAACGGCUUUUUUGUCUUCAGUGACAUUAGUUUGCUGCUCAACCUGGCUGGUAUUCAUAUUUUGGGAUUCCUGACCUGUGCUCCUCUUGUAAUGAUUACAUGUAGAGUGUUAUUCUUACAAAUGUGUUCACUGUGGAAAAAAAAGUGCUGAUGAUAAAUAUUAUUAGCUAUAUAUUUUCAUUCCUUCUCACAGGUCUCAGUAGUUUUCCACUCAGCAUCUGCAUGAAAAUAUAUUUAUUUUACUUUUCUAAUGGCUUUUAAUGGCUGUUAUGUAAUACUGCCAUAUUUCUUGCUGUUUCAUCAGUAAGCUUGGAUCUCAUUACAGUAUUUGAAACAUUGUCCUAAAACACUAAUUAUGUUUUAUAAAGCUUAUUAGCUGAGUAAAUUGAAACACCCACAUUUGACAUAUCUAAUAGUUUAGCAAAACCAGUAUUGUGCCUUGUUAAACGUCUUCCCAAAUUUAAAUAAAUUUAUUUUUGUUAGCUUGA